CAUGAGUUCACAUGGAACGAGUGCAGUCGCGAGUCGUCGCAUCGCAUCGCAAGACACUAACGCAUUUAUUAGCCUAGAAUAGUGCCGUCAAUGAGAAUGCCUCCUCGACGUCGCCCCCCAGCCGCCGGCGCAUCCUCCACCGCAGCCUCCACCUCCAAGCCCACCGGCGCACGCCCAUCCAAGCUCGCCAAAGAACACAGCCUCACGGCGCAGGAAGAAUCCGAAAUCCGCGAAGCCUUUUCCCUAUUUUCCGAGCCAAUGGAAGGCGAAAAACAAGGCGUCAUGCCCAUUGGCGACGUGCGCCGCGCACUCAUAGCCCUAGGAGUCCCACCCUCUUCCCCGGCCCAACUAGCAACCUUCACGGCUGCGCUCGACCCCUCCGACGAGGGCUUCACAACCUACCCGGCGUUCCUGUCCGUCUGCGCAUUACAACUCCACGCCCGCCGCCAGGACGAGUCCCUCGAGGCACACCAGGCGGAGCUCGACGAGGCGUACGCGCUGUUUGCGGGCGGCGACCCGGACGCGCCGGCCAUCACGCUGGCCUGCCUCAAGCGCGUCGCGGCGCUGUUGAGGUUGGAUCAGCCUUCCGUCGCUGGGACGGCGGCAGGCAAGGGUGAUAAGGAUGGGGACCGGGUGGUGGUGACGGAGGAGGUGCUGCGGGAUAUGAUACUUGAGGCGAAUGGCGGGGCCGGGGUGGGUAGGGGGGUGAGGAAGGAGGAAUUUGAUGGGGUGAUGAGGCGGGCCGGGGUUUGGCGGUGAGUUCGAACGAGGAAACGAAGAGAUAAAACAAUAGGGUGGGUUAGGGAUGUUAAUGGGAUGGAGGAGCGGAGGGUGGCGUGCAGAAGCAUGAGGGGAGUAGGGCAUGACGAAGGGAGGACAGACAACUGGGCCUACAAGGAAACCGGACGCAUGCCCCUGUGCGAAACGACGGUCGGCCGACAUAAUGCAGUCACUCACGGUUGGACACUGCAACGCGGAAGACAUAACGCCGAUUCGCGGUUGAGAGUUAGGGUGAGAGAUGGCGCCGCCCAAAGACGCGACGGCGGCUCGACGGUGAAAGCCGGAGGCAAACCGUGUCGAAUUGAAGAAACGUCGAUGAUUAUGAGGGAGCUGCUAUCUACGAAAUCGGCUUGAUAAGC